UAGUACUGUUGCAGCCAGAGUCUGAGACGGUUGCGCCCAACGUGAACGCGCGCGAGAGUGGAUUUGGAGCCAUUGCAGCAACAAAAGAACCUCCAGUGCAAGUGAAAUAGACCCCGUGAAUCCUGUGUCCAGAUGCGCGAGUGUAGAUCCACGAUCGGGAGGGUGUGGCGCUUAAUCCUGUGACUUUUGCCUGGUGAAAGAAUGACGCUUGGGGUGGUCAAAUAGCUGGCAGUCUCAUCUCUGGCUCUUUCGACAUCGACACUGCUAAAGAAAUUUAAAUUGAAUUCGACCUUUUUCCUCACAAGAUUAAUCUCAGUGGAGUUUUGAGUGCUCUCUCAAGAAGAGAUUGUGAGUGUGUGUGUGUGGAUUAAAGUGCUAGUUCUUAAUAAUCUGUGAUACCCACCCUAUGAUUUGUCCAUUUUAAUCAUCUCUUAGGAUUACUGUUGGAUACAAAAAUUAAGCAAUUAUGGCGCUUACGGCUUUUAGUUACUAUGCAGUAUUUCAAUUAAUUACAAUCGCCACUUUCACACAGACAGCACAACUGCCACCCACAAUAAAACCCCUCGUGAUGGACAGGGAACCAUCGGUCCGGAUUCAGUGUCUCUCUGGUUCAAUGAUCAUCACAGUUAAGGAUCCACCUGUGUAUGUCGAUGGACUCUUCACUGGUAUGAUUUACCCCAAGGGACUCUCGAAGAACUCAUCGUGUUUAUCGGAAUACAGAAAUCACGAUGGACCAUUAAAAUACAAACUACCACUUCGAAGCUGCAAUACGAUGCCUCAAGAAAAUGACGACGGUGGUAUUGAGUUCUUCAAUACCAUUGUACUGCAGCCGCAUUUGAAAUUGGUCACCGACCUGGGACGAGGCUAUCAUGUCCGUUGUCGCUACAAGAGCAGAGAAGCUGCCACGAAGCCCACAAUUGCAGCCAAAUUGGCCAAUCCUCAGGCAUUCACCAGUGAUGAGAUUGCCGAUCGCAGUCAAUACGGACGAUCUCUCGACAAUGGGGAUGAAUCAAGGAAUGAAAUUCCUAUGCCUGGAUGCCACAUGAAGAUCUUUUCUGGCGGAAAUAUCGCCGAAAACGUAAAGAUUGGCGAUCCUCUAACCCUGGUCGUGAACAUUGAUCGGCAAGACAUUUACGGACUCCAUGUGACAGAUUGCCUUGUCCGUGAUGGUCUGGGUUGGGGUGAACAACGUUUAGUCGGUUCGGAUGGAUGUCCGACAGACGGUGAGAUCAUGGGCCCUUUCGACUAUUCAACUGAUCGUGCCAGCGCCAAAGUCACCUUCCCGGCCCAUAAAUUCCCUUACACAGCUUCAGUCUACUACCAGUGCAACGUUCGCCUUUGUGCCCUGGCAGAUCCUGAGUGUCAGAGAGCCCCUACUUGCGACUCUCGGAGACCUAAGCGACAAGCUGAAGGAAAGGUUGAGGAGGACGAAGGCCAUCCAGCCACCAUUGAAGUGUACUCUGGGCUGUAUGUGAACGAGAAUGCUGAGGUGAUUGAUGGUGAUGAUGAGGUUCUCAAAGAGAAGACGCCCGAAGAUGCCAUUUGUGUGUCGCAGAGAAACUUCGCCAUUGCCAUCGCUGUAGCUGGUCUAAUCCUAAUGCUGGCCGUGAUUGCAGCCGUUCUGAUCAUCAUGGCACGUCGUCGUGGAAAGACCAUUUCCAAUUCGGGCAGCUCCAUCUACAGCGGUCCCUACACCAACACUGCUUUCUCUCACAGUAGCUAAGAAAAAAAUUCCUUCAUGGUGCCACGAAAGACUCCUCAGCAACGAAUUCUAGUGCCUGGCCGCAAAAUCAGCGAUCAGGAGUAGAUCUAAAAGAGUCACUUAGUGAUAACACAUAGCGCUUAGGAUAGUGUAUAAGGGCGUUUAAAGAUAUGGCCAGAUGUUACUGAGCAAUUCCCAAUAGUCAGAUGAUUUUUCUCCACGGAAUUGCUCCCUAAUGUCGCAGAGAUUUUCAUUGGGGAGAAGACAGUGGGAUAUCUUUUCCACACUCUUCUCCUCCUUUUUUUUCUCCAGAAAAGAAAAAGAAAAUCUCUGAAAAGCCGAACUUCAAUGUAGAAACAGAAAAGAAUCUCUUUUUAGUAACUAAUAGGUGGUGGAUCUUCCUUCUCUCACACCCUGACCAAUAUAUUCUUAGGUUGAUUUCCAGUUAAAUCAACUUCUUGGAAGUUCUCAAUUGCGGAUGGAUGGAAUUGUUUCACAGAAUUGUUACAUGUGUGGGCAUGAAAACACUUCUCUGGAACUUUUCACGCGGACUCUCCGAGAGUACGAAGUAGUUCUUAAAGCUAAGCUUAACUUAAGGCAACGUAUAAAAUUGUAACGACUCUCGUCAAUUAAUUUAUAUGCAGUAAGAUGUACGACAUUGUAUUACUGUAAUGAUAAAUAAUGCAAUAAUUAAAUAAAACAAACACUUUAAUAAUUUUAAAAA